CUUUUGUCGGUCACGACCGUUUAACUGCGAAACCAUUGCAUAUCUUCUUCUGAAAUUCAAAUCACAGUACCCAAAUGCAAAAACUCUUCUGGGUUUUACAAAAAGUUCGAUAUUUUCCAGUUAUUGUCUGAUACCAAUACUUUUUUCCUGCGUUCUUGUAGGAUUAGAUCAUUUCAAAGUUAGCUUUGUUUUCACUCAGAUCUGACUCAUUGGUGGGGAAGUUUCAAGAAUGGAUUUGCAUUUGAAGAACUUAUUUGGUAGGUUUCAGGAACAAUUCGGGUCAGGUCCGGGUCUUGGACCUGGAUCCGGUGUUUGCUUGAUGAUAGUUGAAGGUAUAUCUUCCAACAUUAUUCAAUCUAUAUUUAGAGCUUCAGCUUCUUUAUACAGUAGUGAGCCAUGGAAGAGGCUCAGACCAGGUCAUUUAUUCGGUGUUCGGGUUGGCAAAGACUCAGAUUGGUCGGGAAAGAGACAGCCUUUUCAAUGUGUUCAGUUCAUAGGAGGUGAUGGUGGUGAUAUAGCAAUCUAUAUGUAUAGGUCCAUGAGCUAUGCACUGAAAAUGACUGAUGGUGAUUCAUGGGAAAUGGCUAGAGAUCCUAAUGUUGAGGUCUUUAGAGUUACUUAUGAGCUUGAGUCAUUGAUGCUUCCUUCUAACAAGAGGAUGGUUAAGUCUUUGUCUUUAGAAGUUUCUGGAACUGAUCGGUUUCCGAUUAUGGAUGUUGCGCGGUGUAUGACCUCUGGUGAGCUCCAGUUCAGAAGCCCGACACUUGAAGAGCUUAGGCUUGUGUUUGCUGUGAUGAAAGCUCUCUCUUUGGUUCAUCCUUUGCUGCUUCAAGAGGAGAAGCAAGUCAGGGGAUUGCCAAGGAUGAUAAAGUUUUCACCUUUUAUUGAGACUGUCGAUGUUCAGUGGCCAUCAGAGAUGGGUAAAGGUCAUGAUUUUGUUGCUGUUACGGUCUCACAUCCUCCAGGUCAAUCAUAUGAACAGAAGCGCGAAGAUGACGAGUUGGAAAUAGUUUCAGGCAUGACCGCAUGAUCAAUCUGCGAGUUGGUCAAGGUGGAGAAGCGGGUUUAAGACAGUGCACAAUGUGUGAGAAAGCUAUUCAUAAAGAUGAGUCUGUUUGUUGUAGCCAUUGCCGUGCAACCAUAUACUGUGGUUUAGACUGCGAGAAACGGCAUUGGCGAGAGAUGCACCGGAGUGUUUGUAGUCUCUAUGAAGCUAUGAUGAGUAGAGAAGAGGAGCUCAAGAUAAAGAUCUUCACUUUCUCGUGUUAUGCUGAGAACCUAAUGGCUUGGAUCUUUAGGCAUCCAUAAGAAGGGAAUGUGGAGAAGACAAUGCAGUUGCUAUUCCCACCAACCUUUUGGACUCUUACAGUGUUUUUCCACAGAGGCACAAUCUGAAUCAUGGAGAGGGCUAGAGGACGGGGAUUAUCCACAAGAUUUACCGAUACAGAAUCUGAACAACGGGCGUUCCCCGGGUAUGAUCCUCUUGUCAGAUUGGUCAGACUACUAUGAUUUACUGUGUCUACCACGGUCAAGCCUUGUUUAUGACAUUCUCUGUUACCCUUUAACACUUUACCACAUAUUAACAUCAGUAAGCAACCAUCCCAAGAAUCUGUUGCUGAAAGGGAAAGAAGUGACUGUCCAUUACUUAGGUCCAGAACGAGAACUCGACUGGAUCAAAGCAUUUGCAGAGAUCAAUCACUUGCUUAAUGGUUUAGGAACCGUGCAGAUCAUAAUGAUCGGACCUGAAGUUCCAUCUGACUUAUCUGGUACAAUAGCAACCACCUCAACAACAAACAGUAGAGUUAAGGUGAGCUUUGUGUAAGGUUUGCACCAAGACGAGGUAACAUACCUGACUUCACCGGAUAUCAUUGUAGCCUUGAACUGUGACCUGGAUGGGUACUCAAGCUGGGCAGGAGCGGUUGAGGCGGUGAACAAUACGGGCAUCCCCUGUUUCUUCACUGAUAAGAGAGAAGAAGCUUGUGGAAAUGCAAAGACAGUUUCGCGCAACGCAGGGCUGAAUUUCUCUCAUCCGGUUGCUCCUAACCCUUUCCGUUCACCUGUAAGGUCUUGUGGAAAGUCCAGCAAUUUUCCCUGUU